AUGUUCGACUCGAUGUUGUCUCAUACGAAGCGCCCGUUUCCCUUGCCUACUUCGACCUCGUCAGUAGCUCCAAUACCUACCGUCAUCCCCGGGGAUACUCCUAUCUUCCAGGAACUUGGAAUCACUGGCAAGCGGACAUUAUGGGUGGUUGCGGUUCUCAUGGGACUCUCGUCUUUGGUCUUUUAUACGCUUAGUGCUCGGGUGCCUUUGUCGAAGCGCGUCUUCCACACAUUGGUCUCCAUCAUGACCACCGUCUCAUUCAUCGUCUACCUUGCCCUCGCAACGGGAAGCGGCAUGGCCUGGAAAUACGACUCUCUCAAGCACACCCACAAGCAUGUCCCCGACACCACGCAGGAUCACUUCCGCCAGGUAUUGUGGCUACGCUACCUAAACUGGUUCGUGACCGAGCCACUCAGCCUGAUCAACCUGGCGUUGGUAUCGGGCCUUCCUGGCGCGCAUCUACUCGUCGCCAUUGCGGCUGAUUAUGUUAUGCUGGGCUCCGGACUGCUUGGCACCUUCGUGGGCCACACGUCGCGCAGAUGGGUCUGGUUCACUGUCAGCGCUCUGGGAUACCUGACUACAGUUUACCAUGUUGCAAUCAAUGGAGGCAAGGCGGCGAAUAACAAGGAUGCACAGACUAGACGGUUCUUUGCGGCUUUGUCUAGUGUGACUUUGGUUGUCAAAGUGCUCUACCCGGUUGCUCUCGCGGCUGGCCCCCUGGCUUUGAAGAUGAAUGUUGAUUCUGAGGCCGUUGUCUUCGCCAUCUAUGACAUCUUCACUCAGGGCUUACUUGGAUACUGGUUGAUCCUCGCGCACGACAGCGCUCAGGGAAUAUCUCUCUAUGUUGACGGAUUCUGGUCUAAUGGCAUCGGCAACGAAGGAGCUAUUCGAAUCAGCGAGGAAGAUGGAGCGUAA